UAAGAAGAAGAUAUUAAAGGUUAUAUUUUUGAGGUUAGUGUAGUAAGUUAAGUGCUUUUUGGUUAAAUUUUAAAUUUAUUUCAGUUUUGGAGAUCGGUUUAUGGUUUAUUCUCUAUGUAUAUAGUACAAGUUUGGUUUCUGUAGUACCAUUAUCCAUUCAGUCUUUAAAGAGACUGACGUAUUUACCUUAAUGUUGUUCUGAAUAGUACUAAAACCUAAAACUGUAGUUCUUAAAUAUGCCUCAAAGUCAUGCUAGUAAGGAUUGUGAUAUGGACCAAGAAAAAGUGAAAAAGCCUAGGUUAUUUUCUGGAAGAACAUUCAGAAAACAACUGAAUCAGGAAAAUGGUUUGGAAGCUAUCAAGCAAUUUUUGGGUGCCCUGAGUAAAUCAGAAGAACAUGAUUAUGUGCUCGAGUAUUUGGAGAGCGGUGGUAGCUGUCUCGAACUACUACAAAUUCUUGAGUUGGAUUCUACGAUACCUCCUUCAUUAGUUUUUGAACUAGUAACUCAUGUUCUAUUGAGGAUAGAAGCGAGUUUUCCGCAAUACCAGAGCCUGGCAUUCGAGGCAUGCCGAUACAUUCUGAAUAACUAUGUAACACUUCUAAACAAAAUGAUGAACUUGAGUUCAACAACUCCUGAAAGAAAAGCAUCCUUGAAGCUUCUCACAGCUAUGGUAACAUUAUCUCCAACUCUCGCAAAAGAUGUUUUGAUACACGUCAAUUUUCACAGUACCACAGUUGAGCUUCUUACAAAACACACAGGAGAGAAGGAUAGUGUUCGGGAUCAUUUCAUGAAAUUUGUGACAGCUUACCUGGUGGACGGUCAGUAUCCAGCAUUAUCAAUCUUACUAGAGAAGAAGGGUUUCAUCAAAAGUGUAGUCAGUGGAUUAUUGUCUGAUUCUGCUGAUACAUUAUGUUUGGUGAUAUCCGCGAUGAAAAACCACAUAUUGGAGAAUCCAUCUGUUUCAAAAACAACUAAAAUGAAGACAUUCAAUACACUAGUCGUGAAGGAUAUAGUCAAUUUAUACAAUUGGAAAGGACCUCAGUCAGGAAAGACACACAAGACCAAUAAAAACCCAGUAGUUACGGUGGAUGAGUUUGAGAAAUCUAAAGUAAGUGAAUGUGUUCAUGAUUUCUUACUGGUUCUCUGUACGUCUCAUAAAUACGGAGUUAUUUUCAAAGAUCAGUUAGUCGGUACUGGAAAAAAGAACCAAAAUGCUUUGAUGUAUACGGUUUUGGAGAGUCUCGAUAGGCCUUGGGAACACUCAUAUGCAUCUGAAUUAGUAACAAAAAUUUGUGGAGCUUGUCCAGAUUUAGUAAGAACAAUGUGGGGUAAUCUGAAGCCUUUUUUAGAGCCAAGAAUGUCCCAAAAAUGGUUGAACGCUUUAAAGUUUUCCAAAAAUCUCAUCCUAGAACUGAAACCGACCUGUAUAGACUAUUGUGCCGAAAACCUCAGUGUGAUGCAGCUCUUUCAGAUUGUGACGUGCUUGGUAUCUCCUCUCCCAAUUAUAAAGAUGAUCGUUCCUGAAAAUAAUAAUUUCGAGAGUUGUUCUGUUAAACAAAAUGUUCUAUCAUUACUUUCGGAAAUGCUCAGAUCGGUGGAAAGCUAUAUGGAACAUUUCCAAAAACUUCUCAGUGCAGAAGAUUAUAAAAAAUUAAAAUUCAAUUUUUCCAUAUACAUAUCGAAACAUUUCCCAGGUGGAGUAGACGUAUUAAAAGAUUGGGAAAUAGUUGAGUCACCUGCAGCAUCAAAGAUGGAGCUUCUGGAGGUUAUUUUCGAUAUAUUUGAUAGUUAUAAAAAUUUAAGCCCUGCGUUGUUGGAUAGUUUACAUUCUGAAAAUAUUGAUUUAUCGAAACUAUUGAAAAGAUUGGACAAACUCUCCGAUGAAUCAGAAAAUUCAACGUUACGAGUAAAAAUGAUCAAUACAUUUAUUGACCUUGACAGCUCAAAAUUCUCUAUAGAGUCUAAAUUAUUUUCAGUUGUCGUACCCCUACUUUUGAAAUAUUAUUAUCACGAUACUAAUUCGAAUGCUCUGACAGUUUUGAAUAAAUUGUUUAAGAGUACAGGAAUUUUUGAUGGGUGUUUAUACGAAAUCAACAUUUGGAUAAAUGCAGUAUCAAAUUUGAAAGACUUCGAUGAAACUCUUCCUAAAAACCUUGUAGCUAUUUUGAAAUUAACUAGCCUCAAUAUCUCAAAAUAUAUACAGGAGAUUUCUUCAAUGCAAUCGGAAAACUCUAGAACCAGAGAUUAUUCAGCCAUUAUACAAAAUCUGUUGGAUAUCAACAUGGCAUCAGGCAACAAAAAGGUAUUGAUCAGGCACAGAUAUUUGAGCCCGAUGAUUCUCGGUUUAUGUGAAUAUUUUUCACAAAUAGAGGUAACCAAAUCACUGAAAAUAUAUUCAAGUUUUGUGUUGAUGAAUCUGCUACAUAUGCAGACUCAAAUUGAAUCAAUAGUUCAAAUAAUCUGUAGAAAUGAUUUUUCUCCUAAGAGUUUGAAAGAUUAUGCCUCUUGUUGGCUUGAAUGCCAGAAUGUUCAGAGUUUGAAAAAACUCAAAGGAAAAUCUGAUAUAUUUGAACGGUUCAGCGAAGAGAUGUUGUUUGGGAAAAUGGAUGAUUUUUUGAAGGGUAUAGAAACAGACCAAUAUUCAGACUUACUAUUGAAUUUGUUAGACGCUUGUAUGUUUUAUUUUUGUAAUUUAUCAAUUAACAAUUCUCUGACUAACGAUACAUUCGAGAACCACCAGAAAUUUGUCAAGUAUGUCAUUAAUAAACAGGCUAUGACUGAUAUUUUUCUCGAAAGGCUUCUGGGCCACCCAAUUUUAUUGUAUAAUGUUUCUUUUCUCUCUUUGGAUGAUGCAAUACCUGCAAACUUCAUUACUAAAUUUAUAGUCAUUAUAUUUAAGUAUUUGUUGGAAGUAGGUUGCACCCUUGGUGGUUACCUAGAAGUUUAUAGGGAAAAGUUACUCAGUUCAAUUUUGAAAAUAUUCAAAAAACCUCAUAAAUAUAAUCAUAUAUCAUCGAAUUUCAGAGAGGUAUUACAACUUCUCGGUUUGGACUACUAUGAUUGUUAUGUUAUACUUUCUAAUUUAUCGACUUCUUUCGAAAAGUAUCAGAACUGUCGUAUAGUAUUAGAUAUUCUGACUUACACUCUGAAUAAAAUUUCUACCGCUUGUAAAAGAAAUUCUGAUUUGAAGCCGUUACAUGAAGAUAUUAUUGAAAAUUUGACGUCACAUUUUGUUGGUUCAAUAAAACAUCAGGAAACUGAAUUAUCUGAUUUAUCAUUAGCUUUUCUGAAGUAUUUCAAAAUGUUUCCUCAUAAUGUGAAGAAUAUCAACCCACAACUGUUUGCAAGCAUUGUUCAGUUGAAGGAUUUCAAUAGAGAUAAUGUCGCACUCGCCACUUUUCUGUUGGAGCGAAAUAACAGUAACUUUGCUUAUGUGAUAGAUAAUUUGGAUUCCCUUUGUGAAAAAAAAGGAAUAUUUCUACCGUUUCUGAAAGUAUUAGUGGGGAAAGAAAUAGAUGAAGAGAAAAUUGAAUAUAUAUUUGAGAAACUUGAACCAUCUCUGAACAAGGUUUUACAAAAGCCUCAGAAGGCAGGUCAACAUUUUCAUCAUCAUUACGAAGGGCUUAUGGUUUUGAUAAAGAAAUGUAUGCCGAUUGACAAAUGCAAAAUUAUUUUUGGGAAAGUACAAAAAUAUGAAGUUUCUGAAAUAUUUCAUGCCAAUUUACUCAGCGCUGUUUGCAAUAAAGCUCUGAGUGGUGGUAUUGAUAGUAAAAAUGUCAACAGUAUAAUCAUGACAUACGUGCAUUUACAACUCAAUUUGUUCAAGAGGAAUUUGAAAGUGGAAGAGGAUAUUCCCAAAGUACAGGGCAUAUCCUCAUUAUUCAACGAUAUAUUGCAUAACUUGAAACCAAUUAUAGUAGACAAAGAUAUGAAAAGUACGUCCAAAAGUGAAUCUGUUCAACUGUACUGCAAGUACUGUUUGAAAUUCGGAGUGGCCGGUCAUUCCAUAUUUCUGAAGACUCUGACUAGUUUACUAGAUGUCUUGGGCAGUUUUCUGGAAGAAGAGGAUGGCAAAUUCAUCAUGGAAAUGUUAGUUUCACAUUCGGAAUUUUUGGAGGUUGUUCUAGGAGAAGAUUCCGAAGUUAAACAUGAAAUACUAUCGUUGUUUUUGGUUUUAUGCCAAAAUUGGGACACAUUGAUGCAGAGAAAUCAUAUUCCUGUACUGUUAUCCAGCUACCGAGCUACCACUAACAAUUGCGAUAAGGUGAUAUUGAAGCUUUUGAAGAUGUAUGAAUCGAAACCAGAGCAGACACAUUUCUAUGAUUUCAAACCAUUCUUGUGGGGUAGAGUAGCUGCCAAUCAUUAUUCUGUCAGACGUCAAAUCGAAAACUCAUUAUGGAGACAACCCAGAAUGGGAGAUGUUCUUGAUAUACUGCAGGAGGACUAUGUUCUCUCCACAUUAGUGAAUUAUCCAUUGAAAGAACACUUAAUCACCGAUGAUACAAAUGUUUCGAAUCAAACUACAAAUAAAUGCUACGAUUUGAUGUUCCUCUUGCCACUUUUUAGUCAACUCUUGGCACCAGAGCAGCAGGUUCAGACAUAUAAAUUUACUAGAUCAGGUGCGUUAAGUCUUACAGUGGUAGGCUUGAGUAGUGAGGAUGAAGAAGUGAGGAAAGCAGCUUGUCAUGUUUUGGCCAGAUUUCAUUAUCAUGUAGAUGCAAGACAAAGCGGUAAAGAUAACUUACUCUGGAUUCGAUAUGUGGAAGCUGUUUGCAAAGGUACAGCAAUCCUCCCUAACUUCAAACUGAACAAUUUUGCAGCGAUUUAUUUGGCAAGGAUGGCUCUUCUGUUGACUCAACCCAACCAUGUCAUGUACUUGCCCCUCUCACAGCACCUUACUGCAAAAUCAGCUUUAGAUUUCAGUACCGUACCUGAACUGUAUACAUUUUUACAUAGCUGUGACGUAAACUACAGAGACCAUCGACGCUUUACUUUGGAGUUACUGAAAGACGGCUUGCGAACUGAAAAAGAUCUGGUUGAUUUCAUGAAAUCAAUGGCUUUCAAAUUAGUUUCUGAACUUUUCUCCAGCUCAGCUUCAGAUUUAGAAACAAAGCUAAUGAUUUUAGAUGUAAUGUUGGUUGUUUGUAGAAUUCCUCUUGGUGUGAAAAUACUGUGUGAAGGUCAUUCUUUUUUAACGCAGAUCUAUAACUUAGUUUGUAUAAUUUCAGAGAGUAAAAUGCAGGAUCUGCACCGAAUACUUUUAGAAAAAAUUCAUCACAUUCUUAUUAGCAUUCUAAGAGUAAUGGAAGAUAAACACACAAACUUAAUGAUUUUCAAUAUUUUGAGAAUCAUUCCUGGUAACAACUCAUUUGAAAUGUUAACGAAAGAUUCCGAGAAGUUAUAUUUUGAAAUGAUAUACAUUAUAGAGAAUAGGUUUCCCAAAUUUAUAUCUAAAACAUAUGUUGAUAGCGUCGUCAGUAUAAGCAAAGAUUCAUUUUCUAGGUAUUUGAUCGACUAUGGUUGUGAAUUUAUAAAUGUUGAAGACCUAGAAUCAAAUUGUGAAUAUUUUUACUUGAGACGAAUAGUGUUGGACUUUAUAAAAAAUCGUUAAUAUCAAAUGAAUAAUAGUGGAUGGUAGAUCGAAAUUGUUAAUACUAUUUUUCUUGUGAAAAGGAAAGAUUACUGAUGAUAAGAAGUGGUCAGUUGACUCCAGAGAAUAUGUACAGUUUUUAAUGAUGAAGUGUUUCGUGUUAUUCUGGAACAUUAUGAUUUGUUGAUUACACCAUUCAAUAUUUUGAAAUAUAACAGAUUAUAUGUACAAUCUUAUCCUGUAUUGAAUAAUUUUAUACCUAUCCUUAUGUCCUUAAGGAACUAUUGUUAUUAAACUUUUAUAAAAUUGAGAAUUGAAGUUGUGCCUAUACUUUUUUUAUCGUUUCAUUCGUGAAAUAUAUUUUUGUUAUA